CGCAGGCGGCCGCAUGCAGCUCAGCGCCGGCCACAAUCACAGCUCCCGGCAGAGGGGGAGCCAGAGCCGGGCUUGCCUGGGCAAUCAGUGCCGCCGCCGCCGCCGCCCUCCUCAUCCCGCGUCGCCUUAAGUUUCGCAGCCGCCGUUGGAAGUGUGGGGGGAAGGCCGGGCGGUGGGAAGAUGGCUGGGGCGAUCAUCGAGAACAUGAGCACCAAGAAGCUCUGCAUCGUCGGGGGGAUCCUGCUGGCGUUCCAGGUCAUCGCCUUCCUGGUGGGGGGCCUGAUCGCUCCGAGUCCCACCUCAACUGUGUCUUAUCUGGCAAACAAAUGUGUAGAUGUGAGGAAGAAUCCCAAGAACAAAUGGCAUUUGCCGUGGGGGAACAAUCCAUGUGAAAAAAUCAGAAACUUUGAUGAAGCAGUAAGCAGACAGAUAGAAGCCAAUGACAUUGUGUUCUCCAUUCACGCACCUCAUCCUCCCAAUGAGAUGAGCCCUUGGUUCCAGUUCAUGCUCUACAUUUUGCAAGUGGAUGUCGCUUUCAAGUUGGACAACCAAAUUAAAAACAAUGCAGAAAUUACAUUUAACGUGUCCUUGGGAUACCGUGACGACAUGGUCAGUGAGUGGCAAGGAAUGGCAUAUGCAGAGGAGACUCGGAAGCUCAAAUGUGUCUUUAACUACCCAAAAACUAAAGAUAAUGAAGGCAGUUACUAUGAAUGUGAUGUACUUCCAUUCAUGGAGAUUGGAACUGUUGCCCACAAAUUCUACCUUAUCAAUAUUCGGCUCCCUGUGCAUGAAAAGAAAGGUAUCAAUGUAGGAAUUGGAGAUAUAAGAGAUAUUCGUCUAGUGGGCAUCCAUCAAAAUGGAGGCUUUACAAAGGUGUGGUUUGCGAUGAAAACCUUCCUUACACCUAGCAUCUUUAUCAUCAUGGUGUGGUACUGGAGACGGAUCACAAUGAUGACACGGGCACCUGUCUUACUGGAAAAAGUUAUCUUUGCUCUCGGGAUCUCCAUGACAUUCAUAAACAUCCCAGUAGAAUGGUUUUCUAUUGGGUUUGACUGGACCUGGAUGUUGCUUUUUGGAGACAUUCGCCAAGGAAUCUUCUAUGCAAUGCUUCUGUCAUUCUGGAUCAUCUUUUGCGGAGAGCAUAUGAUGGACCAGAAUGAACGAAAUCAUUUCUCUAGCUACUGGAAACAAGUUGGGCCAAUUGUUGUUGGCUCCUUCUGUCUGUUUGUCUUUGACAUGUGUGAGAGGGGAGUGCAAUUAAAAAAUCCAUUCUAUAGUAUCUGGACCACAGAUGUUGGCACAGAGCUGGCCAUGGCAUUUAUUAUCGUUGCUGGGAUCUGCCUCUGCCUCUACUUCUUGUUCCUGUGUUUUAUGGUGUUUCAAGUGUUCCGAAACAUCAGUGGCAAGCAAUCGAGCCUCCCAGCAAUGAGCAAAGCGCGCAGACUUCAUUAUGAGGGGCUGAUUUUUAGAUUCAAGUUCUUGAUGCUGAUCACGUUGGCUUGUGCUGCCAUGACUGUAAUAUUUUUCAUUAUCAGUCAGGUGACUGAGGGCCAUUGGAAAUGGGGCGGCUACACGGUUGAAUUGAACAGUGCCUUUUUCACGGGGAUUUAUGGAAUGUGGAACCUUUAUGUCUUUGCCCUCAUGUUUCUGUAUGCACCUUCACACAAAAACUAUGGUGAAGAUCAGUCAAAUGGUGACCUGGGUGUAAGCAGUGGAGAAGAACUUCAGCUUACAACAACUAUCACCCACGUAGAUGGACCAACAGAGGUUUACAAAUUGGCUCGCAAGGAGGCCCAGGAGUAACCAGUAAAGCGCAGCUCGUCAAGCACAAAUGGAUAAUAACAGAUGGAAUGAUAGCAGUAUUUUCCUGUGAGGGUGCAUGUCUGAAAUCAUCCUUAAAGUACUUGUGUACUUUCACAGAAUGGUGGCAAGAUCACUGGGAUAUGCUUCUUGAUAAUAAUGUGUCUUAGGGAGAAGGGAAUGGCAUCAGUUUUGACCCCCCCCCCCACAAUUAUACUCCUAGUUUUGCUUUGGGCGUUAAUCCCAGGGCAAAAAGAAGAGGAGGAGUGGCUUAGUGAAAUGACAGGUGCCCAUUUCCUGGGUCUGACCUUUAGGUCACUCUCAGAUUAACAUAUCUGCUGCUCUCUCUGCUAUAGAAAAUGUUGAGAAACAGAUCAAUACUCUGUUUCCUAAUUCAAGGUUUUGUUCUGUAUUCCCCAUGCCUACAUUUAGAACCAUUUUUGUUCUUUAUUUAUAUUGCAUGUAGCCAGGUCUGUUAAAUAUUUAUGUACUUUGGUAAACUCAUCGUGACUUUUUAUAGUCUAGUGUAAUACUCACUGCCUUUUGUAAAGUUUUGGUACAAAAAGGCUUUUCUGCUUGAAAGCUGAAUCUCAUUUGCCUGUGUGUAUGUGUGCCUUGAGCACUAAUAAUUCUUUAUGGUGUAGAUAUCUUUUUUAUAUGCUCUCACUAAGUAUGCUUGUAUAAUGCAUAAUCCAUGGAAUUGGAAUAGAGAGUGGGGAGGUGGGGUUCAGGCCAUGUUUUUAAUGCUACAAGUAGUCUUAGGAAUACUGUCAUUUUUUUGUACUAUGAAUAAAAUGUACAAUAUUGUUGCCUUUUCUCCUUUGCAGGAAAGCAUGUAGCUGUAGUUCAACCUGUUUUCUUAAUCUAUUUAAAGUGAAUGUGCUGGAGAACACUGACCCCUGAUGGCAAUCCAAAGAAUUCUCUUGGGCUAUUGUCGCCACAGUUUAACCACUGUAAACCUACUUUAGGCAAAAGAAUGAUACACAUUCAGAAGAAAGACUCACACACACGUCUUAAUAAAGAUUCUGCCCACCUGUUAAAUAUUAUAUGCCUAGGCUCCUUUUCCCAGUGCUAGAGAGCAAGAAGAUUUCAACACAUUGUUAAAUAUUAUGCAUUACCUAUGCUUUGUGCCAUUGUGCUUGGGAGAACUUGGGGUUUUCUGGGUAGGUAUUAUUUAGCAGUGACAGAUUUGCUUACUCUAACCAAAGUCCUUGUGGCACAAACGUCCCGUGUUGUACAUUAUUAGAGGCUUUUGGCCAUGAAAUUAACAAUGAUCUUCUUUGAGCAACAAGAAGUUAGGUGUGUAAAUUCUGUCAGGUGACUUAUACAAACAAUCCAACCCAGGAGCUAUUUUUUAAAAAGUAUUUGGAUUGAUAUAAUUAAAGGGGCAGCUUCUCCAUUUUCCAUGCUGGUGCUGCUUUUGCUACAGUAGUAAGGGAAAAGUGAAAACUGGGUUGAAAGCAUAGUCUCAAGAUGGAUGCCAUGCUGUUGGGCAUCCAUCUUGAGAGUGCUGAGGGCUGUUUCUUCCAAGUUCUGCUUGCUAAGGAGCUUUUAUUCCUUUUCUUUGGUUAAAAUACAAUGACUCUCAUUCCUUCUUUUGUAAUGUGCUAUAAUCUAUGCUGCCACUGAAGCAUCAGUUGGAAGUUCUCACAGAGCACUGUCUUAAUUCAUGUCAUGUGUAGCGCUCAUUCUUAAAGCACAUUUUCCUUUUUUGCAUGGCCUCUGUAAGAUUCCAAAGCAGUAGCUGUGUUAGUCUGUUGUAGCAAACAAAAACAGAAGGCCAGUAGCACCUUAAAGACAUUUAUUCCAGCGUGAGGUUCUGUGAGUCAGCAUCUGAAGAAGUGAGCUCUGACUCAUUAAAAUUCAUGCGGGAAUUGCUAAUCUUGCUGCUGGAUUGUAUAGAAUUGACAAUUCUGAUUAAAUGUUUUGUUCCUGCUGUGCUGUUGCUCUUGGUCACCUGCAGAGAUUAUGCAUUACUGGUGCCUUGGCCAGUGGAUUCACUUUCAGAUAUAGUUUACAGCUGUCCCAGAUGACCUACGGAGAGUGCUUUAGAAAAGGUUGACCAGCUGCAGUUAAUAACCCACCUGCCACCUCCUCUGGCUUGCCAGAGUGACUGGUCCUUAAGGGGUAUUGUGGUAUCCUUUUCAGUAUAAUAUUUAUGCCCUGCCUUUCUCUUACAAUUCCAAAAAUCAAAACCCAAAAAUGCAGUAAAACCUCAUUUACAUCCCCAUUCCUCUGCAAGGCAAUGCUUACAGCAUAAACCCCAUUAAAGGCCUUCAUAAACAAAAAACGCUCUUAUGUGACUUUCUAAAAAGUCUUUCCUCAUUUCCUUAGGGAACUCAUUCCUGAAGUUAGAAGCCACUACAGGCUCUAGUCAAUUCUAAAUGGGAUACCUUGGGGGGGGGGUCACCUAGAGGGUGGCAGCCAUCAGACUGUAGUUAGUGCAUGGGAUUGUAUGGAGGGAGAGAGUCCUUCAGAUAUCAUGAAAAUCUGUAGCCUGCAAAGACUUUUCUUCCAGGCAUUUAAGAAUGUUUGGGUCCUCUAGAGAGGUGGUCAAGUAGCAUUGCCACUUUUUGUUUUUGAUAGGCUCUGCUGUUGCAUGACAACAUGGUAUAUAGAUGUAAAGGAGGCAGAGUUUGCCCUGGCAUGGACACCUGCUAAAUUUCUUUAAUGAAGCUGCUGAGACACAAGAGCAGUGCCAAUUAAAGUGACAACUGGCUUUCAAGUUCUUUAUAAUUAAGUGGGAAGUGUCUACUUUUCGAGGAGCUUAUAAAGCCAGGCAUUAUUAAAAUGCAAAUACAACUGUCUUCUGCAUCCAAUGAAUUUCCAGUCUACUGUGUAAUGUGGUUAAUUUAAAAGAUGGUUAGAGUUAGGUGUGUGAGAUGGAGAAUGGGGGUGCUGAGGGGUAGAGCGGGGGGUUUGUCCUGGACCUCAUACUUGAAGGAUGCUAUUAUCAGCCAGUUUUAUGAAACAGAUCUUUCUGUCAAAAUGAAUAAUGAUAAAACACCAAAUAUCAAUAAAGCACAGCAAAGGAGAAAUCUAGAGAGCCGGUGUGGUGUAUUGGCUGGUGUUGUGUUGAAUUAGAAUCUGGAAGAACCAGCUUCAAGCCCCUGCUUUGCCAAGGUCUUGGGCCAAACACAUUCUCAGCCAAACCUACCUCACAGUGUUGUGAGUAGGGUUGCCAGUACCCUGGUGGGGGCGGGAAAUCCCCCCUCCCAGCUGCCACCACUCACCUGGGAUCUGGCAACCCUAGUGAGGAUAAAAUGGAGGAGAGCAGAACGGUAUAAAAGCAAAGCAUAAAUGGAGUAUGUAAAUAAUCAGUAUGAAAAGCCCCUUUCGUUGUUCAUCAGAAUCUGAAAGAUAUCCUCAAUACCUUUUAUCCUUUAUUAAGUCUCUGGCCAAGGUCGUCCAGAAUUUGGAAGUGGCUUGUCACUGAUAUGCUGGUGACACAUUUUUUAAAAAUGAGAAGAAUCAAAAUCUACAAUGUUCUUUUGCAAUGAAUUAACUGAUUUGAAAACAAGUUAUAGUUGGUGGCUGGCCUGUUGUCCCUCGGACUUCAUGUUUUGGCAGUAAAGUCAGCUACUCCUGUAUCUUAGUAGCAACAACAGUAUUACUCAUCCCCCCCUCCAAUUUCCCAUCUGUUUUCUGAGUAUGGCCAAGUGUCUUGGAUAAAUGAUCAUUCAACAAUCAACUCUGGCAUGUUGUUACUGACUGAUUUUGAUCCUUAGUUGGAUUUUAUCGGUCAGAAGUUUCUUCUGGAAAGUGUUGUUCCCAAACUCAGAAACCCCAUUGAAAAUAAAAUCUGCUGGCAACUGUGGGGGGCGGGGGGCGGGGGGAGCGGGAUCUUUCUUCCAGUUUUCUUCAUUUAGAAAAGUAUAGCCUAUCAAGUAUAUUGAAGCUAUUUGCUGCCCUCCAUGGGUAGCAAGGGGAAGUAAUCGGGUUUAAAAUUAAAUCACAAUAAAUGUUUGGAUUGAACUUUUGUUAUAUUCACUAAAUAGGCUGUGGCUGUGUGAGAGAAGGGAGUAUGUUCUGUUUUGUUUCUCUAUUUGUUCCACAGGAAGGCUUAACAGUGCAUUUCAAGUUUAAACUAAGAAUAGAACUCCUCUGGACAAAACCCAGCACUGUCCUGCACAACUGUGCUCAUGUAAUCCCCAUGAACUAGUCGGUUUAGCCCAGUAGGGGAGAGUCAAUGUCUGGGAGCUGAGCAGCCAAAGAGAAGGCUAGUUGCAGAGGAGCUUGAUAAAAUUUUGUGUGCUCUUAUCACCUUGGAUAAGGGCUGUAAUUCCCAGGCUGAAGACGGAAGCUUGGGUUCCACUUUGUUCCAUAAUCAAGAGGACUGUAGCAAAGAACUCUGGCAUUUGGUGAGACCCGAAAAGUUGGAUCUUGCUUAUCCUGAAAUGGUUUCAAAAGGUAACCAAUUACUUGGCUGAACUUAAAGAUGUUAUUGGCCAGUCACCUUUUCUCAGCCUAACCUACCUCACAGGAAUGUAAUGAGGAUAAAAAAGUGAUAUGAUGUAGGCCACUGGGGAGAAAAAUGGAUAUAAAUGAAGUAAGUAAAGCUUUGUGGCUGAACAGAGAUUUGAACCUGAGUCUCAAUCACAUUUAGUUCAAUCACGCCAGAAGACAUUUUAGCUCAGAGGAAAUUACGGAGAGUUGAGUUGUGAGCAUGGUUUUGAGGCUGCCUAUAUAUACAUGUUUUAUUAUUUUCAGGAUCUGUCCUAGAGUUUCUAUUUUGUGACCCAAUAAUUGACUCAGUUUCUUUAAGUUCCAGACUCAUCAGUUGUGGUUUCUCCAACCCAUUCUUCUCCUUUAUACUAUUUGAUGACCACUCUCUUUUCCUAUUGCUGUUUUCUAUACCCAAAGUCCUGUCCUAAGUGAAGGAGACUGGUUGGCAGGACCACCCAGAAAGUACACAGGAGAAGCUGUGGCUACUGCAGCGUGUAUCCCACCACUCUGCUCAGCAGUGUUUGAAUCCUCUUUCCAACAUAAGGAGUCUUCCUCCAACUUAAGUGGCUCUUCCUUUGUUAGAAGAGCUACUUAAGUUGGAGGAAUGCUCCAGGUUUUGCUGAAUGGAGUGGCUGGAUACAUGGCUGAACUUGCUGUUUCAUCUAGACAUUUAUAAGUAAAGCACCAGUCUCCAGAUUGCAACCUAGCAACCCAAUCCAAGGAAAUAAGCAGUGGGUGCAGAAGCAGAGUUUACUGACAAACCAAAUUCAUUUAAAAAUUAAUUCUCAGGCCAUUUUCCAACUACGCAACUAUGAUGCAAUUAUAUGAAAGGCCUUAGUACUAGAACUGAUGCAGAUUAGUUUUCUUGGCAGCAAUCCAACCAUCAUCAUACAGAACGGGCAUAGUUAAUUGAUGAUGUCUCAGGAUUUUACUGUUCUCUGAUUGGAAAGAGGGGAGAUCUAUUGCUACCUUGUCUGAGUUUCUUAUAGUUUCAUACAGAAAGGCAGAAAUUGUGUGGAGGAAAAGAGUUAAUCGCCAUCUCAGUAAGGGAGGGGAUGUUGAUGCAUGUGAGUGUGCAUCAAAAGGUUGGAAUUAGCUUGCAGCCCCCUGCCAAUGAAUGGAAAAGAACUCUGUUCAAAGGGCAGGCGAAAAAGGCUUUCAGUCACCAUGGUUAUGCACUCCUGUUCUCGGGAGAAAGCCAGCGGAAGCAUUAAUCAGCAUUGGUCGUGACCAGACUUACAGAGCCCACACACUUCUUACGCCAACUGAUUGUAGGCUUUCAAUCCCAGUCAAAAGAAUGGUGGGAGCUGAAUGUGAGUUGAGAAUAGGUUCAGACCACAGGCAAGUUUGGGAAUUGGCCUAGGCCUAACAUGUAUGCUGUCAAGUUGCUUUUGACUUACGGGUGAUCCUAGGAAUUAAUGACCUCCAAAAUACCCUAUAGUUACCCAUUUAUUUCCUUUGGACUCUUAAAUAAAAAUUCAAAGAUUAAAAGUAACAACAGAAUCAACAAAAAUAAAACCAGCUGUAAGUGGUCACACUUGCCCUCAUGAUAUUAAGAAGGCUUACAAAUAUGGUAAUAUAAGCCCCUUUCAUGUGUUUAAAACACAGACAAACUGCCUGGUUAGGCAGGAGAUUGAAAAGUACUGAAAUGUGAGGUGAAGUAAGACUAACUCAGCCCCACACCCUGGAGUUGUGCAUAGCCAUAGAAAAAUUAAGGUCUCCAGAAGUGCUUGAAUGAAUCCAUCCAGACACCCUGCCAAUUCUACUCCACUCCUACAACAGGGCCUUUUUCUGGGGAAAGGGGUGGGGGAACUCUCACCUAGGGCAACUUCUGGCAGGAGGGAAGUGACAUCAUGAAUGGCACUGCAGUGCCCCCCCGAGAAAGAAGGAAAGACAUGGGAGGAAGGAAGGGAAAGAAAGAAAAAGGAGGAAGGAAGGAAAAGAAGGAAAUACAUAGAAAAAAAGGAGAGGGAGGAAGGAAAUGGGGAGGGAAGGAAGAGAAAGAAAGACACGGAAAGAAGGAAGGAAGGCUUCAGGUGGGAGGGGGGAAUCCCCCUCCUCUCAGCUGAAGUUUAAAGCCUGUUGGGGGCUUCCCCAGCUUCAGCUGGCCACAGGGAAGUCUUGGGCUGCAAGGAGAGGUGCCAGAAUGCCAUUCCACCAUGCUUCAGCUGAAAAAAAGCCCUGCUCCUACCAUGGCCUCACCCAUCCAGCCAUUGUGGAUCAACAAAUAAUCUGUUUACACAUAUAGUUCCUCUCAGGAAGACCUAAUCAAACCUUCCUAGUUCAUUGUCCCACCUGGACACCUUUUGCCAGCUCUUCGUCUUGCCCCAGGGACAGCUUUUCAAUUCUUUGUCCCACCUUGAGAACAACCAUUAAGGCAUUGUUUUAGGGGAGAUUCUCACUUCUGCCUCAGGACAUGUUUCACAGUAUAUCUGUCCUGCCAUGUGCUCAAGUGUGUGUGUGCUCUGGACCUUCCACACGCCCUCAGUCUGAGGCAAGUCUGAGCCUCUCUCUUCUUGCCACGAAGUGCUGGUCACAGAAGCUGCUCUCCCUUGGACACCCGCUAUCUUCUGAACCUGGUAACUAUAAGCCCAACUCUGCAACUCUCCAAUUUUCCUCCUUGUUUUUCUAGUUAGCUGUGUGUGUGUGUGUGCUGUGUUUUGUAUACAAUUGACCUGUAGUAUUUUAAAUAAAAACUUUUUCAUUGAA